AUGCAGGCCUUCUAUGCCGGGUUCCAGCAGAGCAGCGGCAAGCCCGUGCUGACCAACGACUGGCUCUCGCCGCGAGAUGCGGACGGCCAUGGCACGUGGUGCGCGGGGGCAGCUGCGGGGAACGCCGUGAAGGUGAAGGGCGGCAGGCAGGUGAGCGGCAUGGCGCCCGCAGCGCGCAUUGCGGCGUACAAGGUCUUCUGGACGGACGGCAACGGGGACAUGUACGCCACGGAGCCAGAUAUCAUCGCAGCCGUCAAUCAGAGCGUGGCGGACGGUGUGGAUGUGCUGUCGCUGUCUCUGGGCGGCGUGAAUCCCGAGGACAACUAUUUCAACGAUCUCGCUUUCAUGCGCGCCAAUGCUGCCGGGGUGUUUGUCGCCUUUGCUGCCGGCAACGCCGGGCCUCCCGGUCGUGGAGGGUUCUACUGCACGCUUGACAACUUUGCACCCUUCUAUCUCACGGUUGGCGCCAGCACCAUUGCCCGAGGCGGCGCCUCCGUCGCCUCCUCAACUGCUGGUGCCACCACCAGCAGCAACGGCACGGAUGGCAGCACAGGCGGCAACUUCAAUGGCAGCGGCAUGGACGCGGACGGUGGGAUCACAUUCACCACUGCAUCCUCGUCCGCCCCGGUGGUGGCUGACUUCUCUUCCCGCGCCCCCCUGCUGCAGCCGUCCGCCACGGCCCAGCCGCCCAAGCCAGGCAACGCCAUCCUGAAGCCCGACAUCAUCGGCCCCGGAGUCGACCUCGUAGCCGCUGCUCCCGGCAACAAACCCGGCAACCCUGCGCUAAUGACGUUGGCGCGGGUGACGGACACGAGCAAGAGCGCCAUCAAGAGUGCGACGGGCGGGGAGGCCACCCCGUGGGAGAUGGGCGCAGGCCACAUGUUCCCCCCGGCCAUGCUCGACCCCGGCCUCACCUACGACGCCCGCGACCGCGACUACCAGAACUUCCUGGCCGGGCAGGACCUCAACCGCGCCAAAAAGGAGUUCCCAGGGGUGCCGCUCUCCCCUCUGGCUGUCCACAACCUCAACCUGCCCACCAUCACUCUGCCCCGCCUGCAGGGCUCCCUGCAGGUCACCCGCACCGUCACCAACGUGGGGCAGUCCCGGUCCACAUACAGUGUAUCUGGGAAGCCUCCGCAGGGCGUGAAGGUGACUGUGGGGCCCAGGAGACUCACGCUGGCUCCCGGGGAGAAGGGGAGCUACACAGUGACAGUAACGGUGGAUACCCUUAGUAAUGACUUCAAGUAUGGGUUUCUAGUCUGGGCGGACGACCAGGGCCACAGCGUGCGGUCCCCCCUCGUGGUGCAGCCCAUCUCUCGCUGA